AUGGAGAAGAAGACUGUCAAUUAUACUCUUAAGUCUGCGGCAGAUCAUGAUGAGGAUGAUGAUGAUCUUGUUGAUCAUCCUAAGGUUCCUGGAUGGUUUUCUGAGCAUUGUCCCAUAUGGCCAGGGCAAGCACACUUUCUGAAGGUAGAAAAAAUCUUAUUUCAAGGAAGGUCCGAGUACCAAAGUAUGAUGGUAUUUCAGUCAUCGGCAUAUGGCAAGGUUUUUGUUCUAGAUGGAGCACUCCAACUGACUGCGAAAGACGAGUGUGCUUACCAAGAAAUGAUCACCCAUCUUCCUCUUUGCUCCAUUCAAAAUCCAAACAAGGUAUUACUCAUUGGGGGUGGAGAUGGCGGUAUCUUAAGGGAAAUUUCUCGACACGCUUCUGUUCAACAAAUCGAUAUUUGCGAAAUAGACACUAUGUUGAUUGAUGUCUACAAGAAAUAUUUUCCUGGUAUUGCUAUUGGAUAUGAGGACCCUCGUGUGACCCUUCACGUUAAAGAUGGGAAUGCAUUUAUCAAGUCUGUACCAGAAGGAACAUAUGAUGCGAUAAUCGUGGAUGCAUUUGACCCAAUAAGGCCCGAUCAUGAGCUUCAUGAAGGUCCUUUCUUUGAGUUGGUGGCGAAAGCUCUCCGACCGGGCGGAGUGAUGUGCAUCCAAGCAGAGAGCAUAUGGUUUCCUUCCUUAGACAUUGAACAUCUGACGGCAAAGUGUAGCCAGAAAUUCAAAGGCUCUGUUGAUUAUGCAUGGACCAUUGUUCCUGCAUAUCCAAGUGGGGUGAUUGGCUUCUUGCUUUGCUCCACAGAGGGACAAUUCGUUGACUUCAGAAAUCCAGUCAACCCAUUAGACCCCAACAACAAUAGUUAUGGGGUAGCAAAAGAACCCUUGAAAUUUUACAACCCAGAGGUGCACUUUGCUGCAUUUUGUUUGCCAUCGUUUGCAAAGAAGGGGAUGAAUAAUAAUAAAAAUAAUAAUGGGUGUAAAGUGGGCAGCAAUGGAGUUGGUACGAUUUCAGCUGAUGAUGAGGGCACAAAACAACAAGUGAAUAUUCAAGAAGAAGACGAUAUUAUCGAUCACUAG